CUCGCUAAUUGCAAUUUGCAGCCAGCAGCACCAAUUUGUUCUGUCUUGUCUGCAUUCCUGCAGUCGCUUAAGAACUAGUAGUAGCUAGGUAGGAGUUUGAAAGAAGCUAGCCAAAAAGAUGAAGGCCAAGACGAAGAUCAGAAAGGCUGCCGACUUCUUGAGGAAGGCUGUGCGGGCGCUGAGGGGCAGGGCCGGCGUCCUCAGGGCGCGGCUCCUCUUCCUCGCCUCGCUCCGCCACAGGACGGCGAUGGUCGGCACCGUGUCGCGCCACCUCCGCGCCCUCAUGCCGGGCCGCCAGAGAGACCCGGUGCACGACCACCGCAAGGCCCUAGCCUUGUCGACGAUGGCGGCGGAGGAGGACGGGCAGGCUGCGAAGCAUGGAGUCGACGUCCCAGGCCUCUCCGGGCUGUUGCAAGAAGUGGUCGGCGACGACGAUGACGGCCACUGCGGCUACCCGGACUGGACGCACUCACUGUUCGACGACGACGAUGACGACUGCAACCUCCAGGAGGGCGACGAUGUUGACGAGGAACGCGGUGGUGGCGCGGAGGCAAUGGAGGAAGAUCAGCUGCCUGACGACGAGCCGUCGGUGAUGGACGUCAUCAGGAGGUGCAGGGAAGGGGACGGAAUGGAGUUCAACAUCGAGGAGGAGAUCGACCACGCCGCUGACAUGUUCAUACGGCGGGUCCGCAGCCGAAUGAGCAACCGGAGCUUCUAGACGUCCUGGGCCUUCGAUUGGUUUGUUUCUUCGUCACUGAGCUUUCGUACUACUACUACAUAACUUGGUUAAACAUGGCAUAUGACAGAUGCAUGUUUUUCCCCGUUAAAGUCACAGCGUUAAAGUCACAGUCAUACUUAUGUACUCCCUCUGUCUCAUAAU